AUCACAAAUCUUCGUUCAUGGAUAAUUCUCUAUUCUACUUUCCUUUCUUCAUAUCGUGAUUUUCAUUGAAACUGAAAGCUUAGUAUCGUGAAGAUUAUAUUCUUAUACUAUAGACAAUUUUGUUUUGUUGUGUUGUGUUGUGUUGUGUAGCAGAGGUUUGGAUAUAUUGAAAAUGCCUGCUGAGAAGUCGAACACUUGCGACGGAGAAGUGGAAGCGUUUGUUGAAAUUGACCCAACGGGUAGGUUUGGGCGUUACAAUGAUCUGCUCGGUUAUGGAGCUGUGAAAAGGGUUUACAGGGCAUUUGAUCAAGAGGAAGGGAUUGAGGUGGCGUGGAAUCAGGUUCGGCUCAGGAAUUUCAGCGAUGACCCUGUUCUCAUAAAUAGGCUUCAUUCUGAGGUUGAGUUGCUUAGAAAUCUGAGCAACAAGUAUAUCAUUGUGUGUUACAGUGUGUGGAAAGAUGAUGAUCGCCACACUAUUAAUUUCAUUACUGAGGUUUGCACUUCUGGGAAUCUUAGGGAUUACAGAAAAAAGCAUCGUCAUGUGUCCAUUAAGGCUUUCAAGAAAUGGUCUAAACAAGUACUUGAGGGAUUGGAGUAUCUUCAUACACAUGAUCCUUGCAUUAUUCACAGAGAUCUCAAUUGCAGUAACAUCUUUGUUAACGGCAACAUUGGCCAGGUGAAAAUUGGUGAUCUCGGAUUGGCUGCUAUAGUGGGACGGAGCCAUGCUGCACAUUCAAUUUUAGGGACACCUGAGUAUAUGGCACCGGAGCUGUAUGAGGAAGAUUACACUGAGAUGGUGGACAUAUACUCUUUUGGAAUGUGUUUGCUUGAAAUGGUUACGAUGGAGAUACCCUACUGUGAAUGUGACAGUGUCGCCAAGAUAUACAAAAAGGUCACCAUGGGAAUUAAGCCUCAGUCCUUGAGCAAAGUCUCAGAUCCAGAGGUGAAGUCUUUCAUUGAGAAGUGCAUAGCACAACCAAGGGCAAGACCUUCAGCCACGGAUCUCCUUAAGGAUCCUUUUUUUUAUGAACUCAACAAUGAUGAAGAAUCAACGCCAACCAAUUGAUUCCCUUCAUUCAGACGUUUUAAGGGAGUUCAUUUUUUUGCCCCUUAUUGUCCAAUUAUUGUUUUUUUGUUGAUAUCAACUUGUGAUAAUCUGGUUUCGGGUUUGAGUCUUUCCACUCUCUCACAGGAGUUCCCACUCUCAGAACCCAUUAACCUUUGGGCAGAUCAAUCCUUAAAUCUAGUUGGGUCACCACUGGAUCAACAACUAUUGAGUUUGUACAACUACUUUUUACUUCCAAGUAUAUUCAUAUCCACAAUUGAUUGUUAGUACAUGCAUUUCUACUCCAGUUUCACCAUAUCUGUGCUGUGAUGUACAUAACUUCGUCUGUGGACUGAACCAUAGUUGGUACUUUUCCUUUGGUGAAAAUGCUAAUCCACUUGUAGGUUAUCCAACAAGUUCCAUCAUUUAUUUCUGGCAUAUUCUGUUUUACAUGCUUCAACAGAGAAAUCAUUUGGAGUGUCUCCUUAAAAUCGAUUACAGCUUGCCAAUCUGAAGCUGUACGCAUUAAGCUUUGAAUCAUAAACAACAACCAUACAAUUUAGAUGGCUGUCUAGUAGUAGUAUCUACGUUCUUCUGUGUCCACCCAAAUUGCAUCUUACCACCGAGGUAGGAUGUAAUGUAACACGUGGACAUGCAAAUACAUAAAUAAAUCGUUCCUUUGCAUAUCAUGUUAGCUUGAAAACCUACUUAAUUAAACAGCUGUCAGAGUUUCG